AUGGAAGCUUGUGAUAUAGUUAGGUUUGUCGCGUGGACCGAGAGGGGGCGGGGGAUAGGGGGGGGGGGGUUUGCCCACACCAAGUUCAACUGGAGAGGAAGGUCAUCGCCGAUCUCUUCGCCUGAAGUCACUUUUGGCGUGAGCAGUGCUUGUGCAUCAUCACAACCGCGGACAGCGUCAUAUAAAGAAGUACCAGGAAUGGAUCGUUUGGAUACCUGGGACUGUUAUUGUUACUGU